GGUUAAGAAAAGCCAUGUGGAUUGGAUGGAUAGAUCAUGUGAGCCCCUAUUCUUUCCCUCUCUUCAGUCUUCAAACCAAAAAACGAGAGAGACAAAAUUGAAACUUUGAAAAUAUUGAAAGAAAAUAGAAAAAGAGAGAGUUGAGUUUUUUUAAACAUAAGUUUAUUACACUUGCUCAUGCUAAUCACUUGAUAGUCUUCAUUUAUCUCUCAAUUACUUCUCUCUCUUUGUCACUCUCUCUGGUUUUUGUGCGUUUCUUCGUUGAAAGUGAUUUGCUUUUUCUGAGUUAGAAUGGCUACGAAUGCUUCAAAAUUCAUCAAAUGUGUGACUGUUGGAGAUGGUGCCGUUGGAAAAACUUGUAUGCUCAUCUGCUACACUAGCAACAAAUUCCCUACUGACUACAUACCAACAGUUUUUGACAACUUUAGUGCUAAUGUUGUCGUUGAAGGCAUCACUGUGAACUUAGGGCUUUGGGACACUGCCGGGCAAGAAGACUAUAAUAGACUAAGGCCUUUAAGUUACAGAGGAGCAGAUGUUUUUGUGUUGGCUUUCUCAUUGAUCAGCCGAGCUAGCUAUGAGAAUGUGUUUAAAAAGUGGAUCCCUGAACUCCAACACUUUGCACCAGGAGUCCCCAUUGUGCUUGUUGGUACCAAAAUGGAUCUUCGUGAAGAUAAACAUUAUUUGUCUGAUCAGCCUGGACUGUCCCCCGUAACUACAUCACAGGGAGAGGAACUCCGCAAGCAUAUCGGAGCGGCGUAUUACAUUGAAUGUAGCUCAAAAACUCAACAGAAUGUGAAAGCCGUAUUUGAUGCUGCUAUCAAAGUAGUAAUUAAACCAGCGGUGAAGCAAAAGGAGAAGAAGAAGAAGAAGCAGAAGCCGCACAAUGGAUGUCUCUCAAACAUUCUGUGCGGGAAGCAUUGAUGAUGACUGAACUCCAUCUGAUGAUUGUUCACUUCCUUUCUUUUUUUUCUAAUUGCCCAGUUGUGGUUGUGAUAAGUCGGAAUAUACAUAGAUUUUGCAGGGAUAAUGAGUAGCUUCUUCGAUUUUGUUUGUACAUGUAAACCAGAUGUUUGUUUGUUUCGAUUUGGUUUGACCCUUAUAGAAUUGUUUUAGCCAAAGACGACACGUUGAGACUAUAGAGAAGAAGAGCUUGGUGGUGAACCAAA